AUGAAAAGUACGGACAUCACAAUUCUGGCGAACAAUACGGAAGAACUAAAAGAGAUGACAGAAAAGGUAGAAAAAGCGACGAACAGGAUUGGGCUCAGAAUGAACAAAGAGAAAACAUGCUGGAUGGGGAAUGUGGAAGGAGUACUGAGAAUUCAGAAUAUGGAGAUUCAGAAGAAAGAGAAGUGCAAAUAUUUGGGUCAGACGUUGACGUUUCCAAAUGAGCAUGGUGAAGAGAUAAAAGACAGAAUCAGAAGUGGAUGGUGCAAGUUCCAGGAAGUUAAAUGGCUGCUGAUGAACAAGAAGACUCCCACAUCACUGAAGGCGAAAUACUACAAGAUGUGUAUUGAGCCCGCGUUGCUGUACGGGGCAGAAAUUUGGGCAUGGACAAAAGCGGACCGAAUCAAGCUCAGCAGAAGUCAAAAGAAGAUGGAAAGAAUGAUGUGUAAUGUAAAGUUAAGAUGGGGAAUUAGAAGCAAAAGAAUAAGAAGAUGGACAGGGCUAGAUGAAGUGGUGGUGAAGGCAACGGAAAGAAAGUGGAAGUUUGGAAGGAGGGUAGCCAGAAUGCCUGAAGAUAGAUGGGAAAGGAAAGUUGCGACCUAG